UCAUGGUUAUUGUUGACAGUUGUUUUCUUUACAGAAAGUCACAUGCGUUGAUGUGUAUAUACAACAGUGUAUGGACAUCUCAUGUAUACUGUCAGAACUAGGUCAGGUUAAAUGACAAAAUGUCUGGAAGUUCUUUAGCACCUCAAAUUCCCACCAUUGUACUUGAUUACUGUAGUAGUAAUGAUCUGGAUGAUAGAUCCUGUGUGACAAGCACUUCUUCAUCACCUGACACUUCGUUAGCUUCUACUCCAAGUGCAGAAGUUGAAGUGAUCGGAAAAUAUGACUUGGCUUAUGAGGAUGAUAUUGAAGAAUUUAUGAGAGCACAUGUUGCCCAGCUGUUCAAUCCUGCAGUUGAAAUUAGUAUUGCAGACAAGCAGACUUUUGGCAGACUUUGCCAAGAUGCUCAUGGAAGAGAAAUGUUUGCUAAGUUCGUUAACAUGCAGCGAUGUAACUCUCAGAAAGUAAAUGAGUCAACAUUUUACAAACUCACACACAGUUUCGCGUUGGUUUUGUUCGAAUGCUACGAUGCAGAUGACUUUAUACCAUGCAAGACACUCAUGAAUAUGGCUUUCACAUACUAUCAUGUUCCGGAAAUAUCAAGCAUGCAGUUUUCCCAGGAAACACAUGAUCCUGUCGAACUUAAAAGCCCUGACAGUGAGUUUGUUGCCAACUAUGCGCAUGAGUUGUCCAGUGCAUCAGACAAUGACACCAAAGAGAAAUCUGAAAAUAAAAAGCAAAAGAAAAAUAAGAAUUUAUCCAAAAAGGGAACUAACGGUAGUUCUUCUAUUUGGAAAGCUGCUAAUUUAUGGGUGAAUAAGGAAAUAAAGGGCAUUAAGGACAGCUUGUCUGCAAUGGAAAAUGGUGAUAAAACUAAUGCAGAGGAAAAAAAAUCUACUAUUAAUCAAAAUAAUAAUGCGACAAAAGAAAAAGAUGACGAAAAAGUUUACCUAUAUGAUGCAUUGAAAAACCAAGUGAUUUGGAAAUCGUUGAGAUUUUGGAACGCAGCUUUUUUCGAUGCUGUCAAUGUAGAAAGACAACAGCAUUGUUCUCAGAUUGGCUGGAAUGAUCUUACUCCAGAAGAGAGGGAAAAUGCAAACGAAGUGAUUCGAAAUGUCACGUUCGGCCAACUGGGAACAUUUAUAAACAACAUGAAGUACCUUGGAAUUGGACAGAAAACAUGCCUAGAGUUCUUGCGAAAACAAUGUAUUAUUGGAAAUCUGAGCAAAGAGCUGUACCAGACUUUGAAAUGCCAGAUUGAGACACCACUACCCUGUAGCAGUUGAAGUUUGUAUAUAAGUAUAAGGUACUUAAUUCUUUGGUCUGUUACAUUAAUGUGUAUAUUUCAUCACUAAGAUUAGUAACUGGUACUACUACUAUGCGUCCCAUUGAUUCAUUCAAUUAUGAAUUAUGCAUCAUCUGUACUGUGGUUAAGCUGAGGACAUUAAUGUACAUAUACUUGGAUUUGAGGAUUCUUGUAAUUUAAAGUGGUUAUGAGUGCUUACUGGUAACCUGUACAAUGGGAUUAGAGCUUAAGGAAUAGACCUAUGGGUAAAAUUUAGAUAUUUGCCAUCGAAUAUUACAUAGCUACUUUAAUUUAAGACGCUUUACUUUUUCAAUUUCAACAAUGUGUGCAAUUGCAACCAACCAAAGCAGUAACGUUUUAUUAUCUCAUAUUUCGUGUUAUUUGCGGUACCGACCCAUUUUGUGCGUGACUUAGUUCUUCAAGAGUAUUGUUUAUACUUCUCUUUUGUUGACAUUCGCAAGUUCCAUGCAUUCAUUUUCAUUAGUACCGAGAUUUUUCGUUCUUUUUACCUUUAUGUUUUAAGUUUAAUACUGCGGUAGAUGUACCAUACAUGUGUUAAUGGUACUUCAGAUGCCCAAAUGUGUUCUAACCCUUUAUCCUGUAAUUCAUUGUUAUUUUAAGUAUGUCUCAUUCACAACACUUAUAAUAGCACUUCAGUUUACUACACAGUUUGCCCUUAAACAAGCUAAGCAUAGAUUUGCGGUUCCUGCCAAAGUAAAAAAAUAUAUAAAUUCCACAAACAUUUUUAAAUGCCGUGACUAUGUAUGUGUAAAAAUUGUUUAAGGGCAUAUAUUGUUAUUUUGAGUGACAUCAUUGCUUCUCAACUUUUUUGGGGCCAUGAAAAAAAUAUUAAACAUAAAUUAAUAGCAAUUUUUGGCAAACUGAUUUUCGAAGCUACAGUUUACACAAGUUUUUUGUACGCAAUAUGCAUAAUCACAAAAGUUUUUUCCUUUUACAAUAUUUGUUAAAAAGUUGAUCAAUUUUUGAUUGCAAGGGUUGAGAAGCACUUAUAGAAAUGAUCGAAGUAUUUCAAAACACAUUUUCUUGGAAUUGCAGCAUUGUGAUAAUGAUAACAUACAUUGCUAUUUCCCCGCUACACAGAAUAAUUUACUUUUUGCACAAAGUAUAUUCUUUUAUCACAUGUUUACAUAUACACAUUGGAUUUAAAACAGAUAUUGUAAAAUAUCUAAAUAUCUAUUGUUUGCACUCUAAAAGAAAAAAAACUGCCUAAAAAAUACUCAAAACACAUUAUGGUAUUUGUAUUGAAUAACGUUUUGUUGUGAAUGAGAUUAAAAUACAGUUAUUUCAGUUUUAUUAUG